AGGCAAGAUUUUUGAAGAUGCUCCUACUGUGACAGAAACAUACUUGGAGGAUGCUCUUACAGAGGCUCAAAUUUAUUGUUCCUGUAAUCACAGAAUGGUAGACACUACACUGGAUCUUGCUCAAAUGGUAUUGCAACUUACAAAAUCCAUUGCACAAAAACCUUACAAAUUGGAAAAGCAAGCAAAAGACGAGCAAUUUAGAAUGUAUUUAUCAGGAGAGAACAGAAACUGUGUUAAUGUGGAUAAAAGUGGUAAUGGGCUACAGCGACUGUGGUCUCAGCAGCUGACUAUGUUUCCAAUGGCUAGUUUAGAAACUGCAGAAGCUGUUAUGUCGAAAUAUCCAACACCAGCAUGUUUAAUGGAGGCAUAUGAAAUGUGCGAGACUUCAGAUGAAGGAGAAAAACUUCUCCAGACAAUUCCUGUAAGACGUGCCGCAGGACCAUUGGCGAACGAUAGAAAAAUUGGACUUGAACUUAGUAAACGAAUAUACAAGUUUUUUACCAGUAUGGACGGUGAUAUGGUAUUGUAAUUUUUACUUGAAUUUCAAGUGCAUGUGUUUUCACUUUUCGACUUGACGAUUUUCCAAAAAUUUUUAUACCAAUAAACAUGUUACGUUUUCAAAAUA